CGGUGGCCGGUACGUGAUGUAAUUUCGCCGCAGAUAUAAAUAAAGUCGACAAGCGAAGAGUGUCAUGACCGAAGUGGACUAGACUAGGAGACCAAUACCUCUCCACUAACCGUCGCUGCUGGAGUCGCUCUUUGACCUCCGUAAGAACUUCUGCUCUGUUGUCAUACUGGACACUCCACGCGCUCCCAGUGCGUCCUCCCAGUCGCUCCAUUCAGCGCAAAGGAAGGCACCGGUCGGAUAUUUUUAGCGCGCUAGACGUCCCUCCACCGACAGGCCAGUAGCUCAGGAUGGGCUCCCAGUCCGCCCUGCUGGCGGUACUGGUCCUGGGACUGGUCGCCAGCCUCGCACGGUGCGCCCCGUUCGUGUUCGCCGGGAGGGGAAACGGUACGGCGGAGCGCCGCUGGGAGACCCUGUACUCCCGGUCCCUGUCCCGGAACCCCGGGGAGAAGCGAGACACCAGCCGGGACAGUGACUACCUGCUGGGCAUCAAGCGGCUCCGGCGCCUCUACUGCAACGUGGGCAUCGGGUUCCACAUCCAGGUUCUUCCGGACGGCAGGAUCACGGGGGUGCACAACGAGAACCGCUACAGUCUUCUGGAGAUCUCCCCGACGGAGAGGGGGAUCGUCACUCUGUUCGGGAGACGCAGCGGGCUAUUCGUAGCGCUCAACAGCCGGGGGAAGCUGUACGGAUCCUCGCACUACAGCAAUGAGUGUAAGUUCCGCGAGACGCUGUUGGCCAACAACUACAACGCCUACGAGUCGGCGGUUCACCCGCGGAUGUUCAUCGGCCUGAGCAAGAGCGGCAAAACAAAAAGAGGAAACCGAGUGUCUCCCGCCAUGACCAUGACGCACUUCUUGCCAAGAAUCUGAGUGGUGUCAGAAAUAGACUGCCGCAGCCUUUGAGCAGGUUGGGAAGGAGAUGGGGAACUCUGCACUUUACCUGUCCUCGACACAUCCGAGUGGAUCCUAUCUUGAUAUUUUUACUUCGUAUUUUUUUUAUUUAUAGUUGAAUAUUUCCAUUUUGUUUACGGGAAACACGUGACGAUGUAGGCCUACUUGCGAAUGAACUAUGUGAUCGCAAGUGAACAAAAGUAUUUAUGUUUUGUUUAUACUAAUUUAUCAUUGGUCAGGAUGAUAUCAUAUUUGAAUAAUAGUUAUUUGCACUGGUGAAAAAUAAUAUUUCAGAAGAUUCAGAAGAUUUAUUUGUUGGAUGAGUAUUGCACUACAAAUAGUUGGUCACCAUUGUACCUUUUAGCUCUGCAGUCUUAAAGACAAAGUCAUACAAACCAACCGAAACAACAAUAGCCAAAGCAGCCCUCUGCGAUAGACCCACGGAGGGCCAGUGUUUGGGCAUCUAUGUUUGACGUCGUUCAGACGGGAUCACCUUACGGUUUUUGGGAGAGCAAGAGUAAUGAACGGAUCGGGGGGGGGGGGGGGAUCUCCAGCGAGCUGUUUUUAGCACUUCGAGAAGGCUGAACUCUGAACUCUUGAACUUUGCAGAAGACUGUCGGAAAAAAGUCAUAAAGUAUUCCUUGUUUGAUAUUGUACACCCCAAUAAGUUGCAUUUAAGAGAGGGGCCACAUAUCUUCUCUGUGGCCUUGUCUCUGGCCUCCUCUGUCUCAGCAGAACCACAGCCAUAGGCCAGUGGAUUAACGCGAUUCUGACCCGUUAUUUUUUCUAUAUCUUUUCUAUAAUAAACCCCAAAUGAUCUGUUUGGCUGCCUUGGUGAGAGGCCAUGCUGUACUGGUUGCGCCUUGUCACGUUCCAGCUAUCUUUACCCCAUUUACUUUUAGAAAGGAUAAUCAUGGCAGAAAUAUUUACAGACAGCUGUUGUGUACUGUACACUGAGGCCAGUAACCCUAUAUUUUUCUCUAUAUAUUAUGUAAAUAUAACCGCUAAGUAACUGAAGGUGGUGGUGUUCAUGUCAGAGCAGGGGGUAUGCGUAUAGCCGGGUCCGACUGAAUGUAGGGCAGAAGGGUUUGGCAAACUCUUCUAAAGGCCUACAUGGUGGUUGGUUGCUAAACUUUAAUCUUCUAAAUGGGAUCUAAGUUUCCACCGAUAGGAGGCCUGGACAUUGGCUUUCCUGGUUCGUUAUGCACACUUCAACCGACUUUGAUUGCAUUGAUUAAUUUUCCUAAAAUGGUUUGAAUAUCUGAUUAAGCAUUCCGUUUUAUGAUUGUAACCGACCAAUCGUGCUUUACGUAGUAGAAGUUACGAUAAAUGUAUCUUGAAUCAAAUUGAAACCUAAACCGUGAGGUCAGUAGGCUAUUUGCUGAAACUGCAAACAAGGUGAUAGAACGAGGAUUCUCCAGAAACCAACAACUUACAAAUGGAAACGUCUUUAACAGAAUGAACCCAUGGGCUUACACCAGUUGGAAAUUACCCACCAAACUGGUACAGUCGCUCAUCGGCUGAUCGAAGGUGUUCUCCGUUUAUACUGAUUGGCAUGACAGUGCAGAAUACAGGAUAUGGAAUCAAUUUUAGAUGUUCACUGUUCAAUCCUUCAGCAGAUCUACAGAAUAAGGAUGUACAUCCACCUCUUGACUAUAUUUGUGAUGGGCGAUAACUGUCACUUUGGGGUUAACUCUCUCUGAUUUGAUAUCUUUAGUUGUUUUACAGAUAUCAUGACCUACCUACUUAUGUAUACCAUUAUACUGGCAUUUUCCACAAUUCCACCUGGCUUUGUAGUUUCAUUUUCUAUUGUCCAAUGUCUAUUUGAGUUCUUGGUGGUUAUAACAAUUACCGAUGAUACUAUUUAAUACUGAAUCAAUAAAAUAACUUUGAAAACACUAUUA